AAAUUCAUCAUUUACAUAUAUGUAAACCUGUCACCUGAUUUCACAAUAUGACAUGAAUCAAGCACAAGCAUCAAAGAAUUGAAUUGAUCUGAUCAGAUUAAUUAGAUCACAUUGGAUAAACCAGUCAUCAUCAAAAUGUUGAACAACAACAACAUUAUCGACAAAUGAUUAGACUUGUUUUGGCCAAAAAUAACGAUGACUUGUAUUGCUUAUAUGUAUUUUGUUGUUGUUAUUGUUCGGUUCUCAUUCAUUGUAUAUAAUAUUGCGGUUCUCAUUCUGCAAACAUAAACUGCUACAACACUCGGAUUUGGUGUCUCUUUGGUUGUGUUUUGUAUGUCUGUUUCUAUGUUUCUCUUCCAUGGAUUCAAUUUUUGCUUGCUGCUUGCUCAAUUCAUGUUUUUGAGAUUGUGCUGAAAACAGAAAUCUAUUUUUUUACGGUUUGUUGUCAUUUUAGUUGCCGAAAACAAAACAAGUAGAAGAAAAACUCAUCAUAACAUAGUCUUCCUGCAAUCAUAAAGAAUAACGAUUCUUCGAUAAAUUAACAUUUGUAUUCGAAAAUCGUUCUUAUCAUCAGUUUUCAUGUCUACGACCAAAGAAUCAAAAUUACAUAAUAGUCAAAUUGUUGAUGCUGAUAAUGCUGAAAGAAAUAUACAGAAAUUACAUAUCAAUGAACAUGAUGAUCAACAACAACAGCAACAGCAACAACAAUCAGAUAAUCAUCGAUCAUCAUCAUCAUCAAGUUCAGCCAUCCAACAGAUCGGAUCAUCAUCAUCAUCAUCAUCGAACGGUGGAAAUAGUAGUAACAAAGAAGAGAUACGAAGACGUUUAGCAUUCGAUGAAAUCGACGAUGAUGAUGAUCCAAUUGCUCAAUAUAAAUUGAAUCGAAAAUCACAAAAAGCAUCUACAUUAUCGGCACGUAUACAAAAUUUAGAUAGUCUACAGAUUUGUUUUCUAAAUGAAAAUAAUGAAAAUUAUACAUUUGGUGACCUGAAUCAUAUGGGAAAUGAAACCAAUAAUAAUGAUAUUAUAAUGCAAAAUCGUAUUUAUUAUCUAUUUAAAAAACUACAAAAAGUAAACUUUGAUCUAGAUAAAGUGGAUCUAUUUGGCGAUAUUGAAAAACCGAGUGAUCAAACCAAAUUCUCUGAAUAUCAUUCAAAAUUGUACACUGAAGCAAAAUUGACACUUUCACAGAUAAAAGAGAUUUGUAAAUUACGAUUAAAAAUUGAAAAAGAAAAUGAAAAAGAAAUAUCAUCAAUCUAUGAUUUGAUACAUAAUUUUCCACCAGAUUUUCAAAAAGGUGUAUCCAAAUUAACCAUACCAAUUCUGCGUCGAUUACGUAUGUCUGAACUUCAAUUGAUUGUCAAUGAUCAUUUUAGUCGCAUUGAAAAACUAAACACAAGUCUGGUAAAACUUUUAAUCACAAGAGAUGAAUUAUAUAUGGAACAAGAUUCAUUACUAGUUGAUAUUGAAGAUCUCACGAAAUUUUUACUUUCGAAAUGAUAUUUUUUACAUCCAAAACUUCUUUGCUGGUGUCUUCAUCUUCGCUUAAACAUUC